GAAUCCUAACUUUGACUCAAAACUUUUAUUUUUGAAAAAACUGUAUAAAAAUCCCACAUUAAUUCUACUAUAUAUUUACUACUCCCACUCGAGAAAAAGAGAAAAUUAAUCUAUGCUUAUUUAAGUUGAUAAUAAUAUGGUGUCACUUGGUUUCAAUAUUCAGCUUGUACUUGUAAUUGCUUUGCUCAUUCUUCAACCACAACAACACACUUCAGCUAAUGUUCUGUUUGGAAAGCUAAGGAAGAAAGAGUGGCUAAAGUUUACCUCUAUAGAAAAAGAUCAUGAUUCUCAUGUGGAUGGUAUCGUUGCAUCUGCUGGAGGAAUUAGAAAAAUGCUAGUGUAUCAAUUUUCAGUGAAAGGAGAUGCUGGAUUUGAUUCAAAGAAGACCUCUCACAUGAAUGUUCAGGCGGAUAUCAAGAAGAAUCACGAGAUAGGUAAGAAGGAAGAAUCGAAGGAGUUUGUUGAUGUAGAAGAUGAAAUAACGAAGCUUCUGACCAAAGACUAUAGUGGAAGAAGCAAGCCUCGCCGCAGCAAACCACCCAUCAAUAAUCACAAGCCUACCGACUAAUUAAAACGAGCGAUUUAUAAGACUAGUCUUGAAGGUAGGUGAUCUUGAACUUUUACCUCACGUCACGGGGCAAAACUUCAAGUUUUAACAAAUUUUGAAGGUUCGUCUAUAAAUUAAGUUAGAGGCCAAAAGCUCAAGACCGUCCAUUUUCAAGAUCAUUAGGUGUAAUUUCCUGAAUUAAAACCUUAGUAGUAGUAACUAGUACAAGUAGAUUUGGGCCAUCACAAUUUUGCCUCCCUAGUAGUGAAGGCCCAAAAAUCAUGUUUGUUAUUGUACAUUUGCUUCCUUCCUAUCUUUAUAGUUUAUAUAUAUUACUCCAUCAAACUCCGUUUAACCUUG